CCAACUUAAUUUGUAGUAGUUUUAUACUAAACGUUUUCCAAAUCACAAGUUUCAAUCUUCUCGGAUUCAAAACCUUCGAACUCAUCAAACCCACCAUUCUUUCCAGCAUGAACAUCUUCACCCCAACAACAGCACACGCUUCACCACCAUCCUCGAAGGAAAUGAACCAAGCAGUGGUGGACGUGGAGAUGAUUGUAGGCUAUGCAUUCAAGACCAAGAGGCUUCUUGAGGAGGCUCUCACCCACCCUUCACACUCCGACGCCGUGUCGUAUCAGCGGCUCGAGUUCGUUGGCGAUGCCGUUCUUAGCCUCGCUGUAAGCAACCACCUCUUUCUUGCUUACCCCAGAAUAGACCAAGGCAACCUCUCUAUGUUACGGUCCGCUAAUGUCAGCACUGAGAAGCUCGCACGUGUCGCCGUACGACACGAGCUUUUUCGCUUCCUUCGCCACUCUGCACCUGUUCUCAAUCAUAAGGUUAGGGAGUUCACUGAAGUGGUCAGUAAAGAAGAGGACACGCCACUUGUAUAUAGAGGGUCUGUAAAAGCCCCUAAAGUUCUUGCAGAUAUUGUGGAGUCUAUAGCUGCUGCUAUAUAUGUCGACUUGAACUUUGAUCUGGAAAAGCUUUGGAUGAUCUUUCGGCAUGUUUUGGAGCCUAUAGUUACUCCUGAAGACUUACAGCAACAACCUCAACCUGUGACAAAGUUGUUUGAGGUUUGCCAAAAGCACGGGAAGCAUGUCGAUAUCAAGUAUUGGAGAAACGAGAUGAAAAGUAUUGCGAGUGUGCAUGUUGAUGGAAAGUUUGUUGCUUCAGGUUCUUCUGAACAAAAAGAAGUUGCCAAGGUGAAUGCUGUUGCGAUUGCUCUACGGAAGUUGUCGAAAUCGAUGCGCCUGGAUGAUACUUCGUUUGAAGUUAUUACUGGGUCAUUUCAUAUUGAAGGAGCAAAAGAUAAGUUGCAUCAGUUAUGUGGCAAGAAGAAGUGGCAUAAACCAGUCUACAACAUCAAGCAAGAUGAAGGCUCUUCACAUGUGAAGAAGUUUGUAUCAACGGUACAAAUCGCAACCAUCGAUGGUGUGCUUUGUAUGACCGGAGAUGAAAUGUCCAGAGUAAAAGAUGCAGAGAAUUCUGCAGCUUCUUUGAUGAUCCGUGCUUUGCAAGAGUCUGAUUAUAUAUGACACACUGUCAUACACCCAUGUGGGCGAAACACAACCAUUUCCCAUAGUUCAUCGCCUUUUUAGUUUUUAGACUGCUACGUCUAAAGCCAGUCUCACAGUUCGAUCAAUCCAAUCAGAAGGGUCUGCCGUUGAACAUCAGCUCAACAUGGAAGGAAAAAGAUUUACCAUCAGAAACCUUGACCUCUACUCACCACGGCCGUCACGGCCGGCAUUACUUAAAUUGGUGUUUCAU